AUGCCACGGUCGCUCCCAGCCGCCGCCGCCGCCGUGGCCGCCACCCGCCGCCUCCUAUGCACCACAAUCGCCGACGCGACCCCCUCCCCAACCCACCUCCUCGCUCUGCCGCCCGUCGCGCCGUCACCCACCGCCGACGAGCUCGCGCGCCUGCUCCUCGCUCACCACAACCCCUUCCACCCAUCCGAGUCGCCGCUCCAGCUCCUCUCCGGCGGGGGCGUGUCCCUCUCCCAGGACCUCCUCGUGCAGAUCCUCCUCCGCCUCCGCGGAGCAUCCAAGCUCGCGCUCUCACUCCUCAACGCCGCCCGCCUCCACCCGUCCGUCUCGUCCCCGCCGAACGCCGACGCCUACGACGCCGUCGUCGACGCUCUCGGCCGGGCGCACCAGUUCGACGCCGCGUGGCGGCUCGUCGUCGAGGCCGCCGCCGACGGCGCCGCCACGCCCCGCACCUUCGCGGUGCUUGCGAGGAGGUACGUCGCCGCCGGGAUGACGAGGCAGGCGGUGCGCGCAUUCGAUGACAUGGAGGCAUUCGUAGGGAGGGAGCCCGACGCCGGGGAGUUCACCACUCUUCUUGACACCCUCUGCAAAUACAAGUACCCCAAGGUUGCUGCGGAGGUAUUUAAUAAAAGAAAAUACAAAUAUGAACCAAAUGAAAAGAUGUACACUAUUCUAAUUUAUGGCUGGUGCAAAGUAAACCGAAAUGACAUGUCUCAGAAGUUCCUAAAAGAUAUGAUUGAUCAUGGGAUAGAGCCGAACAUAGUUACAUACAAUAUUCUCUUAAAUGGUAUCUGUAGGCAUGCAAGUUUGCACCCUGAUAACCGGUUUGAUAGAACAGUUCAUGCAGCUGAGAAUCUCUUGAAGGAGAUGCAUGACAGGGGAAUUGAACCAGAUGUAACAAGCUACUCAAUCAUCCUGCAUGUUUACAGUCGUGCACAUAAGGCUGAGCUAUGCUUGUGUAUGUUCCGCUCGAUGAAGGAUAGAGGCAUUUGCCCCACGGUGGCGACCUACACUUCUGUGAUUAAGUGCCUUGCUUCGUGUGGGCGACUGGAAGAUGCUGAGAGGUUACUCCAUGAGAUGGCUAGUGAGGGUGUAUGCCCCUCCCCAGCGACCUACAAUUGUUUUUUCAAGGAGUACCGAGGGAGGAAAGACAUCACUGGUGCCCUAGAAUUGUACAAUAAGAUGAAGGCUCCUGGUUCACCAACUACACCAGAUAUUCACAGCUACAAUAUAUUGCUUGGAAUGUUCAUCAAGUUGAACCGACAUGGAACUGUUAUGGAACUUUGGAAUGAUAUGUGUGAAAGCACUGUUGGUCCAGAUCUUGAUUCAUAUACAUUACUGAUCCAUGGUUUAUGUGACAAGGAGAAAUGGAGAGAGGCAUGCCAGUUCUUCAUGGAAAUGAUAGAGAAAGGUUUUCUUCCCCAAAAGAUUACCUUUGAGACACUGUAUCGCGGUCUUAUACAAGCCGACAUGUUAAGGACCUGGAGAAGGCUGAAGAAAAGAGUUGAUGAAGAAGCAGCAAAAUUUGGUGACGAAUACAAAUUGUAUCACAUCAAGCCUUACAAGAGGUGAUUAGUUGCCAUAAAAUAGAUGAUUAUGUUUCUUCAUUUGGUUGGUUCCAGCAGUUGUAAUCAUACUGUCAUACUUUGCUCGAUUGGAGCACGGUUGGAAUAUGUAUCCUGCUACUGCUGUCAUUCUGAGGUGAACUUUCUGAGCUAAGAAGCAUUUGAGGGAACACGUAGCACAGUACACAGAUUUGAAUGAAAUCGCGGUUUCUCAUGCAUGCGCUGUCUAUUCAGCGAAUCUGUUAUUAUGAUUCUUUGGUGUUUGGGUAAACUUGAAGGUAAACUUCCUUCUUACUGAUUUCAGAUGUUCAUCCUUAAUUUGGAUCUGUACUAAACAGCUUUGUUGGACUUAAGUCAACUGUGAACCAUUUUGUCGGUCUGUGUAUUACAGAAAGGUGCUGUCCUGACAUGCCUGGUAUGAUUAUUGGCUAGGUGGAAAAUAAUACUGCUCAUUUUCCUGCGAGCAAUUUGGCCAGUUUGAUGGUGCUGCUUGCAGGACAUGCAGAUAUCCCUAUUAUUUUGUAGUAUUAUGGUUGGCCUAUAGCCAAAUGGGUCUGUGUUUGUUUUAGCAGACAGUAAUGCCAUCUGCUGUGAGUAUCUCAGAAGUCUAAAAGUUAUCCACGUGAGAAGAUUGUAGCCUUUUUUGAACAAGCUUGUAUGUCUUAUUAUUGAAGAAAGACAGCCAGACUAGUUUCAGUAUGUUAAGAAAAAUAAAAAGUGCAAAAGUUACAAGGAGUUGGGAGGUUAGAAAAUUGGCUCUGUCCCUGAAGAACUUACAGAAUUGGAAGCUGUUACUGUAGAAGGGAGCAAACUAUCGGGCCACAUUCCAGUUUGGAUAAGGAAUUGGGCAAAUGCAAGAUUAAUAUUGUUGUCUCAGAACUUUUUCACUGCACCUUUGCCAUUGCAGUAUCUGCUUAGCUUCUCUGCAGAUCCAACCUUCUCUCAGGCUCUGUCCCAGCCAAGAUAUGUCAAGCCAAUUCCCUGCGUUCACUCAUACUGCAUGAUAACGAGCUUACUGGGAGUAUCGAGGAAACUUUUCAAGGAUGCAAAAAUCUCACUGAGCUGAACUUGCUAGGUAACCAUCUUCAUGGUAAGAUACCAGGGUUCCUGGCUGAGCUACCUUUAGUUACUCUGGAAUUGUCCCUAAGCAACUUCAUGGGAAUGCUGUCUGAGUCGUGGUGGGAGUUAUCAACUCUGUAUAACCUCCCCUAGCAUUGGUAGGCUGUCUAGCUUGGAGAGAUUGCAGUUAGGCAAUAACUAUUUGGAAAGACCCAUCCCCUGGUCUGUCGGCCCUCUACGGAAUCUGACAAUUCUGUCUUUGCUGCAUGGCAAUGGGUUAUCUGGAAACAUACCAAUAGAGCUCUUCAACUGCUGAAACCUUGCCAUGGUGGACCUGAGUUCUAAUAAUCUGUCUGUGCCGAGGGCCAUAUCUAACUUGACAAUGCUCAAUAGCUUGAUUU